GUUGUGAUAGCAGAUCUGUCACAAGACAUGCUGUUUGUAGCCAGUUUAAUAGGCCUUUGAGUAUAGUUCACUUAGUAAAUUACAAAUUGAAGCUUUCCAAAAACGAAGCCAGUGUAACAAGAUAUUUCACAAGGAGCAUAAGGAUUCGAACAUGUCGACACCGAAUUUUCUUUUGAGCAAUGGUAAAAAUAUGCCCAUGUUGGGUCUCGGAACUUGGCGGAGCCCGCCGGAAGUGGUGACCCAAGCAGUAAAGGAUGCCAUUGACAUAGGCUAUCGCCAUUUUGACUGCGCCCAUAUCUAUGGCAAUGAGGCGCAAGUGGGAGCUGCCCUCCGGGAGAAAAUGGACGAGGGAGUAGUCACACGAGAUGAACUCUUCAUCACGAGCAAACUGUGGAACACACACCACAAGCCGGAUUUGGUGCGCCCCGCAUGUGAGACGAGCAUAAGGAACUUGGGAGUCAACUACCUCAACCUCUACCUGAUGCACUGGCCCAUGGCGUACAAGUCGGGCAAUGAUAACCUCUAUCCCACGUGUCCGGACACCAAUAAAGCCGCAUUCGAGGACAUCGACUAUGUGGACACGUGGCGUGCAAUGGAGAAUCUGGUGGAUGAGGGGCUGGUCCAGGCCAUCGGGGUGUCUAACUUCAAUGAGCAGCAGAUGAAUAGACUUCUGAGUGUGGCCAAGCUAAAGCCGGUCGUUCUACAAAUCGAGUGCCACCCGUACCUUAGUCAGAAGCCAUUGAUUACGCUGUGCUAUGACAAUGCCAUUGCUGUGACCGCCUACAGCUGCCUGGGAUCGGGACAUACGCCCUACGAGAAGCCCGGCGCUUAUCCACUGCUCCAGCACCCGACCAUCUUGGCUAUAGCUGAGAAAUACGAAAGGACUGCGGCACAGGUGCUCCUACGCUACCAGACACAAUCGGGUAUAAUCGUCAUCCCAAGAUCUGUAAGCAAACAGCACAUGUUGGACAACUUUAAGCGAAUCUGGGACUUUGAGUUGGCCAUCGAUGACAUACAGGCCAUUAACGAUUUGGACUGCAAUGGGCGUUUCAUGACCAUGAAGGCGGCCUAUGGACAUCCUCAUCAUCCCUUUGAACCCGUACAGGCAAAGUAGAUAAUUAAUAUUAGAAGUACAAGUAGUUAAUAAAACUGAUUAACUUCAAUGUGAUAAGUACGAUUAUAUGCGGUAAUCUCCAGAGUUACACUGAUGAUAUACAGGUACUUCCUUUAUACUGAGGAGUCUAGACUAAUAAUUGUUAUACAAUAUAAUAAUAUAAUAUAAUUAAACUGUU